CACAACUUUCAGCCGUCCCAGACACCACACUACAUCUCCCACAAUCCGUUAGGUUGGAGUUUGCGCAUUACACAAGUUACGAGGCAGGGUUUGGUUUGUUGUUGCAGAAAAAAAAGAGGUGAAGAGAUUAUUUAAGUGAAGCUGUCGUAUGAGGUUGCUAGGUGUGCCCUCCGUGCAAUGAGAGUUGACCGGGUCCCCAGCACCCCCUCCUGCAGUUGAUGGAUCUGCAGCUGGUCUGGAGAUGACAGACAGUGUCAGGGCCUUCCUCCGUAAUGUUGCGACGGGGAUUAAGGACUCCAUUUUGGGGAUCGGAACUAUCUCCAAGUUGGAUGCCCGCAUCCAGCAGAAAAGGGAGGAGCAGCGAAAGAGGAGAGCCAGCGGGGCCCUGGCUCAGAGACGGGCCCAGAGUGAGGAACGCAAACAGGAGAGUGAACCCAAAUUAGCCAGUAGGAUUUUUCAGUGCUGUGCGUGGAAUGGGGGAGUGUUUUGGCUCAGUCUGUUCCUCUUCUAUCGGGUGUUUAUUCCACUGCUGCAGACUCUGACAGCAAGAAUUAUCGGUGACCCUUCACUCCAUGGUAACGUGUGGUCCUGGCUGGAGUUCAUAUUGACUUCCGUGUUCAGUGCUCUCUGGGUGCUCCCUCUGUUUGUGCUCAGCAAGAUAGUCAACGCCAUUUGGUUCCAGGACAUAGCUGACCUGGCAUUUGAGGUGUCUGGUCGGAAAGCCCAGCCCUUCCCCAGCGUCAGUAAGAUUAUCGCUGACAUGCUCUUCAACCUCCUCCUCCAGGCCCUCUUCCUCAUUCAGGGUAUGUUUGUGAGUCUCUUCCCCAUCGAUGCCAUUGGACAGAUGGUCAGCCUUCUUCACAUGUCUUUGCUCUACUCCCUCUACUGCUUUGAGUAUCGCUGGUUCAACCAUGGCAUUGAGAUGCACCAACGGCUGUCCAACAUUGAGAGGAACUGGCCCUACUACUUUGGCUUUGGUCUCCCCAUGGCUCUAUUGACUGCUCUCCCCUCUUCAUAUAUUAUAAGUGGCUGUCUAUUCUCCAUCCUGUUUCCUCUGUUCAUCAUCAGCGCUAACGAGGCCAAGACCCCAACAAAGUUAUAUCACUUCCAGCUGCGCCUCUUCUCUCUGGUUGUGCUGAUUAGCAACAAGCUGUUCCACAAAACGGUCCACCUACAGUCGUCCUUGACUUUGUCCACCUCCACCGAGAAGCUGCCCCCCUCUCCCCACGCCUCACCUGGCCGCCAGAGACCCCUACCCUCCCAGUGAUGGGCGACAAAGGAGCAGCUCAGCAACUGCUUAGUAAACAAAUGGAGGAGCAGUUGACUCUUUCUGUGGACAGGAAGAGGAAUGAUGUUUGUUUGGUUAAAGGGGGGUUUUAUGUAAUUUUAAUGACUCUACCACAGUCCUUCAUAUUCUUUUGGAGCACCUGCAAGGUGUGUUUUUAAUGUGAAUGACGAAUGAGAUUUGACUGCCCUGUCCCUCACACUCAAACACACAGGUUAUUAUAUAUUUUUCUCAUUUAUUUUGUUUAAUAGUUCUUUUUAUGUAUGAUGUGCCAUUUGAGAGCUUUAAAUACAGCACAAGCUGUCAUAUACAUUGUUUUUUUCUGCUCUUUUCAAUUCCAACUCCAAUGUUUGCUAUCUUAUUGUUUGUUUAAUCUGUUUAUAACCCAGUGACUGAUCACAGACUGAUUUGUAUAAAACACUGGAUGUGGAAGAGAAAAAGGAAAAGGUUACAUUUUUGCCAGGACUGAUGUUAUCAAUGAUUGACUUGGAUUGAAAUACGUGCCGUGCCUGUGUUCAUUUUUGGUGACGGUACUGUUUUGGUGCAGGAGCUCCACAAUAUUUCUGAGAUAAUAUUUUAUAAGAGAAACAGGAGCUCAAGCAGUAGAAAACAUGUGUGACCCAAAGACGCCUGUUCGGCUUUUCAAUUGAAGGGGGUGACGUGUGCGAUGUUCAAAAGUAAAGCACAAGUGUAAUUUUUUCUGUGUUGCAAGUGACAUUCCUUUCACCCUGAUAGGAUGCUGUCUUGUUCAUGAAUAGCUGUUUCGUUAUAAAGCCAGGGUGACACUGCUACUCCUCUGCCCCAGGGAUAAGCUUGUGCGGUGAAAACAAAGGGACACUUUAUUUAUUCCUAUACGGGCUUUAUUUAGAGGAAUCUUAAUUUUUACGCUUUCAGCAUGGUAGCUGGGCCUGUAUCCAUGUAGGCUGCAAAAUACCAAUUAGUGGAAAAAAGAUCAGAAUUGGGUUGCCUGUGUAAACACAGCCAAAGUGUCGCAGAUCUAGGAUCUGUCCAUACAAUCUUAUAUUCAUUAUGAUCUAAAAGUCCAAACGGAUGCUAGAUCAGCACUCCUGAUCCGCAACGCUUUGUGGAUACAGGCCCUGAUCUAAACCUCACACUACCAAGGAAGAGUAUCCUUACCUAAAAAAAUCAAAAUAUGAAAUCACUGGUUGUUGUGUGGUGAUAAGUGAAGUUGGCUGUUUUAAGGAAGCGGUUUUCUAUAGGGGUGUAUUAAACUGCGUUUACACAGGCAGCCCAAUUCUGAUAUUUUUUUCACUAAUUGGUAUUUUGACCAUCUCUGAAAAAGAUUUGAUGUGAUUGGUCGAAAGCCCAAUUAGUGGAAAAAAGAUCAGAAUUGGGCUGCCUGUGUAAACGCAGCAUUAGACAGACAGGUGAAGCUGUCUGUCUGCUGCUGGGUCAGAUCAGAUGAAACUGCCAAACUUCUUUACUACUCUGUUUGAUUUACUUCUGCUUCAAAUCAAUUGCACACCAAGGACUGUAGUGUAGGAACUAGGAAGAUGUCACUGAGCUGAACUUCUGACAGAUUUUCUCUUGAAGUAACAGACAGGGGAGAAACCCUCUGUGUUUAUGUUCCCCCAUGAGCAGUGGCAAAUACAAACAGCCUGUAGGGGCUUCUUGUUUUACAUGAUGUCACUUGGCUCUAAUGUUCAACCAAACCUCACCAAGGGGAUUACCAUCAUCUAGCUUUCACCUAGUCAUUAAUCUCAUGGGUUGCGGGGGAAGGGGAAGUGUUUUUUAAACGGUAUGUAGUAAUUGUAAGAAGCAUAGUGUUUAUGUAUGCAGAUUGAUAUUUGUGAGGUUGGAGUAAAAGUAUUGCCUAAAUAAAAUUGGUCAGUAUACACUACA